AUGGCACCGUCUACCGCCAGGCGGGAGGCAUCUGGCGUCAGCUACUACCACGGUGCUAGCAAAGUACGGCUUCUGCCGCUGACUGCGGGCCAGGUGAUCGACAGGGCUGCCGACACCAAGGGAGACAACGUGGCCAUAGUUUCCUGUCACCAAGGAAUCUCCAAAACUUACGUGCAAUUCAAGCGCGACAUCGAUCACCUGGCUGCCGCCCUGGUCUCUCUCCGGCUACCAUUGGGAUCCAUGGUUGGCAUCGUAGCGUCUAACAUAUACGAGUGGCCGGUCGUGCAGUUUGCAGCGGCCAAGGCUGCCCUCGUCCUUGUAAAUAUCAACACUUGGUAUCAGGUGCCGGAGAUGGAGCACUGCCUAAGGCUUGUGGACUGCGAAGCACUGAUCCUCUCGAACAAGUUCGCCCGCCAGGACUACUACGCGAUGAUGCUGCAGAUUGCACCUGAGCUGGAGCAGUGCAAGCCAGGUGAACUCAAGUGCGCGAGGCUGCCACGCUUGAAACAAAUUAUCUUGCUUGGAGAUGAAGCGAAACCGCUCUACAUCUACAUCUACAUCAUAUGGGCUCCGCCGACUAUCAACGUUUUAGCCGAAAGCUCGUCAAGUGCACCUGCCUCGAGUAUCCCAUCGGAUUCCACUCGACCAAAGCUGCGUUUCAAGACCAAGUUCAAGUCCGGCGGCGGGGCACGAGACCCGUCGGUGCCCGAACAAACUGAUUGCCGCCAAGCGCGGGAAGACGACUCACCAGUCUCGAUCGCGGGAGCGGUCGGAACAGAGGACCAAAAAGGCACCGGGGCGCUGGUUCGAGUCGACGGAGGAGGAGGACCUCUAUCGACGCCGAUCGAGAUCCAGAUCGUCACAAAGAGGCACAGCGAAGAGCAGUACCCCUUCGAGGGACCCCUCAGGCUCCAGGGCUUCGCAGCGGUGAAAGUGGUGGACAGCGAGAAUAACAUCGUUCCUGUUGGCACACCGGGACAGCUGUGCGCACGCGGCUAUCUCGUAUUCCUCGAGUACUACAACGAGCCCGAUAUGACCAAAGAUGUGGUGCGGGACAAGUGGUAUCACACCGGGGACGAAGCGGUCAUGACUGAAGACGGCCACGUGAUCAUCAGCGGCCGCAUCAGUGACAUGAUCUGCCGUGGCGGUGAGAACAUUUACCCGCUCGAGAUCGAGAAGCUCCUCUACACGCAUCCGGACAUUCAAGAGGUUCAGGUUGUUGGCGUACCCGACAAAAGGUUUGGCGAAGAAAUCUGCGCCUGGGUUAGCUUGAAAGAAGGGAAGAUCCUAACUGAAAGAGAUAUCAAGAUGUUCUGCGACGGAAAAAUCAGCCGAUUCAAGACACCGAAGUACGUUCUAUUUGUUGACUCCUUCCCGAAGACGAUAUCUGGAAAGAUUCAGAAGUUCAAGAUGAGGGAGCAAAGUAGGAAGACAUUAAACCUUUGAACGUUCUACGUCGAUCGCUGCUUUUUCUGUUAUCUUAAAUGCAUUACAGGCGCAAUAGAACAAGCCGGUCAUGUGUGGACUUAGACAUGUGCGCCCUGUCAAAAUACACAUCGGAACGAAAACGGCAUAGUUGAACUUGUAGUGAUAUAUCCGACAAGCAGUAGAUUGUCCAACGUAGUA